UUUCAAUUGUCGCUUUGUCGCGCCUCCAUCUCCAACUCUAUCGCCGUCGCACCAGCUGCGUACAUCGGCCAAAUACAUAUAAAAGCGUUGGGGCGAUCGGGCAGGCGUUUCUUUUGCCAAGACAAUGGCGAGAAGUGCGCUUAUUGUACACGGGUUAACAGUGGCCCUGGGCAUGGUCAUGGGACCUUGGCUAGCUGCCGGCAUGGGACGCUUUGAGCCAGCUGUGCCGCCCCCGCCCCGCUGGGGCGCCAACAUGCAAAUGUUGCGACGAUACAACUCUGCGGCAUUUGAUUAUUGGACAGAUGAGAGCGACAGCAACAUUUGGGAGCAUUGCGGUCUCUUCGAGGGUGACAUCAUGUUGCAUCGUGAGCUGCUGCGCAAUGGGCUGCUGAACGAGCGACAGACAUGGCCAGAUGCUGCUGUCCCAUUCUACAUUGAUCCAAAGGACUUCACGACCAAUGAGACGAUGGUCAUACUGAUGGCAUUCAAGGAGUACCACGAACGCUCCUGCAUACGCUUCCGGCCGUAUGAGGAAGGCGACAAGCACUGGCUCCUCAUCAAGGGCAACUAUUCCGGCUGCUGGUCGAGCGUUGGCCGGCGCCAAGGCGGCCAAAUUCUCAAUCUCAACACGCCCAAGUGCGUCACUCAUGGCGUUGUUGUCCAUGAGCUGUUGCACGCGCUGGGCUUCUACCAUCAGCAGAGUGCCACGGAGCGCGACGAGUACGUGAAGAUCAACUGGGAGAACAUCUUGGAUGGCCAUGCACACAAUUUCAACAAAUACGCACGCACACAUAUCACCAACUUUGGUGUGGAGUACGACUAUCAAAGCGUUAUGCACUACAGCUCCCGGGCAUUCAGCAAGAAUGGCCAGGCCACCAUUGAGCCACUGGAUCCAUAUGCCACACUUGGCCAGCGACGCGGUUUGUCCGAAAAGGACAUUUCAAAGCUGAACGAGAUGUACCAGCAGGACUGCAAUGGAAACUUCCUGUUAGGCUUUGAUGGCUUUGGUAACUAUCUGGACGAGCUGCUCGACUACUUCCAAAGUAAUCUGCUGGGUCUGUUUGGCUAA